AUGAAUGGCAGGGCGCGAGACAUAGAGAUAUACCCCGGUGAUAUUCAUAUAUAUUGGCAGACACUGUCAUACGAGCAUCCACCCAAUGCUCAGGAGUACGUUCCCCAGGAGGAGGAGGCUAAAUGUCACAUUCAGGAGUUGGUUGAUGAGGCUGUACGCAGAGGACCAGAGGCAACGAAAAAAGAUGCAAAGAAUGUUUUUCGCGAUCUCCACCCGGCGGAAGACAACAUUCACGAGCCAGAAGUGAACGAAUCACGAAAGGGACGCCCAACCAAAAAAUCAACCGGAAGAAAUAAAGGGUGGUGGGAAAAGAUAUUGCGAGGCAAGAAGAAAGACAUGAAAAAGAAGUCGGUAAGCACAAUGUCGGGGUCUACAAAGUCGAUCAGUACCAAGUCCACGGGGACUCAGACAGACGAGUACCCGUCAGACGACCAUGCAGCGGAGGAGUGCGACGAUCCCGAAGAAAACAACAAAUACAACUGUCCUGACACAGAGAUCCCUGGAACCAGCAGCACCCAUUCUGAUUACGCACACAUGGAACUGCUUCCUGUCUUCAUUCGACCGCUUGUCAUUGCCAUCCACGACCCGGUGCCAGACGGUCAUUGUGGGUUUCGUGCACUUAGUUUUGCGCUAUAUGGUAAACAAGAAGGGUUCCCAGAGGUGAGGCAAAGACUUGCUGAAGAAAUGCGUGAGCACGAUUGGCGAUACGCACCCAUCUUUGGUGAAGGGAUCAAUGAAGCAAUCAGACGCAUUGACAUCGCUACUACAGCACCAAUGACUCAACAUCAUUGGAUGAUGGGUGUGGAUCUAUUCGUAUUUGCCACACUAUUUAAUUUGGCCGUUGUCAUGUACAGCUGUUACCUCUACCCAGUACCACAAUUGUACAACAGUACCAUUCUGCCAGUGGACAACAUAUAUGGGGAAACCCACCCUAGAGGAGUCAUUGUUCUGCAUUUUGUCCAGGAUCAUUGGAUCAAUCUCUCUUUCCCGGCGGACAAGAUACCGUUGCCCCCUCUACAUGGCAUGUGGUCAGGCGGUCACCAAGAAAGCGUGGAUGGAUGGGAGACAUAUUUCGCGCCGUUUAGUCAAAUGUGGUUCGAUCUUGGGGGUGGUGCGAAUAACUUUCCAUCACGCAAAAAUAGGGUUCCAAAGAAAUAA